GGCUCUCUGUCUCUCUGCCUGUGCGCGCCUCACUCCCAUCAUCCUUUUCACGAAGCUGCGCCGUCCUGCAGGCCAGUGGCUAAGCUCAAGAUGGCGGCCGACAGUGAGCCGGAGUCCGAAGUGUUCGAAAUCACCGAUUUCACCACCGCCUCUGAGUGGGAGAGAUUUAUUUCCAGAGUUGAAGAGGUUUUGAAUGACUGGAAACUUAUUGGCAUUUCUUCAGGCAAACCUUUGGAAAAGGGUGUAUAUACCACUGAAAUAUGGGAGGAGAAAUCGGAUGAGAUUGCUUUUGCUGAUUUCCGAUUCUCAGUGACACAUCAUUAUCUUGUGCAAGCAUCCAGUGGCAAAGAUGCAAAAGAGGAAGUAGUAGAAGAUACUCUUCCAGUUGCUAUGCAAGAUCUUCUGUGUAUGAACAAUGAUUUUCCUCCCAGAGCUCAUUGUCUAGUGAGAUGGUAUGGCUUGCGUGAAUUUGUUGUCAUUGCACCCGCUGCAAAUAAUGAUGCUGUUCUUAGCGAAUCCAAAUGUAAUCUCCUUCUGAGUUCAGUUUCGAUUGCAUUGGGAAACACAGGCUGCCAGGUACCAGUAUUUGUGCAAAUUCAUCACAAAUGGCGAAGAAUGUAUGUCGGAGAGUGCCAGGGUCAUGGAGUCAGAACAGACUUUGAAAUGGUUCAUCUUCGCAAAGUCCCCAAUCAGUAUACUCACUUAUCAGGACUGUUGGACAUCUUCAAAUCUAAGAUUGGCUGCCCAUUAACCCCAUUACCUCCAAUCAAUGUAAGUAUUAGACUUACAUAUGUACUUCAGGACUGGCAGCAAUAUUUCUGGCCUCAACAACCACCAGAUAUAGAUGCUUUAGUUGGAGGUGAAGUUGGAGGCCUAGAAUUUGGAAAGUUACCAUUUGGUGCCUGUGAGGAUCCUAUUAGUGAACUCCAUUUAGCAACCACAUGGCCUCAUCUAACAGAGGGUAUAAUUGUGGACAAUGAUGUUUAUUCAGACUUGGAUCCUGUUCAAGCACCUCAGUGGUCUGUGAGGGUCAGAAAAGCUGAUAACCCCCAGUGCUUAUUAAGUGAUUUUGUUACUGAAUUUUUCAAAUUGUGUCGUCGGAAAGAAUCAACGGAUGAGAUUCUUGGAAGAUCAGCAUUUGAAGAAGAGGGGAAAGAUGCUGAUAUAAGCCAUGCUUUGUCAAAGCUGACAGAACCAGCACCUGUCCCAAUCCAUAAACUUUCAGUGACAAAUAUGGUUCACACGGCAAAGAAAAAGAUUCGCAAACACAGAGGUGUAGAUGAAUCACCAUUAAAUAAUGAAGUCCUCAAUACUAUUCUUUCGUACUUAUUCCCUGAUGCUGCUGACAAAUCAGCAGAUGGAUCUGAAGCCAGAACUAGUACUUCAGCAGGAAGCCUUCCUCCCCCAGACAAUGAAGACUAUAAUCUCUACAUCCAAUUCAAAUCUGCUCCUUCAGACAAUUUAACUUACAAACUGGCCGUUUGUCUUUGUAUGAUCAACUUCUACCAUGGUGGUGUCAAAGGAGUUGCACAUCUCUGGCAGGAAUUCGUCUUGGAAAUGCGUUACAGAUGGGAGAACAACUUCUUUAUCCCAGGGUUAGCCAGUGGUGCACCAGAUCUGAGAUGUUGUUUACUGCACCAGAAACUCCAGAUGUUGAAUUGUUGCAUUGAAAGAAAGAAAGCAAGGGAUGAGGGGAAAAAAGUAAAUAAUGCUGGAAAAACAAGUGACUUGGUGGGCAAAGACUAUUUCAAAGAGAGUGAUAAGGAAAAAGGAGAAGUAGGAAAAUCUUGGGAAUCCUGGAGUGACAGUGAAGAAGAAUUUUUUGAAUGCCUAAGUGACGCAGAGGAGCUUAAAGGAAAUGGACAAGAAAGUGGGAAGAAAGGGGUUGCAAAAGAAGGCAGCCAAGAAACUGUAGUAUUAAAAGCGGAAGGUCGUCUACAUCAGCAUGGCAACUUGACUUUGCUUUAUCCUGGAGAACCUCUCUAUGUUCCAAUAACACAGGAACCAGCUCCUAUGACUGAAGAUCUACUAGAAGAACAGUCUGAAGUAUUGGCUAAACUGGGAACAUCAGCAGAAGGAGCCCAUCUUCGAGCACGCAUGCAGAGUGCCUGUUUGCUUUCCGAUAUGGAAUCUUUCAAGGCUGCCAAUCCUGGUUGUUGUUUGGAGGAUUUUGUGAGAUGGUAUUCCCCUCGGGAUUACGUAGAAGAAGAAAUUGUGGAUGAAAAAGGGGAUGUAGUCAUCAAGGGUGAACUGAGUGCUCGAAUGAAGAUUCCAAGCAACAUGUGGGUUGAAGCAUGGGAGACAGCAAAGCCAAUUCCCGCAAGGAGGCAGAGGCGACUCUUUGAUGACACUCGUGAAGCAGAGAAGGUGCUGCACUAUUUAGCAGUUCAGAAACCAGCAGAUCUUGCAAGGCACCUUCUGCCUUGUGUCAUCCAUGCAGCUGUACUCAAGGUAAAGGAAGAAGAAUCAGUAGAAGAUAUUUCUUCAGUAAAGAAGAUAAUUAAGCAGAUAAUCACCCACUCCAGUAAAGUUCUCCGGUUUCCAAACCCAGAGGACAAAAAAUUAGAAGAAAUCAUUAGUCAGAUUAUGAAUGUUGAAGCCACUAUUGCCCGGGCAAGGUCACUGAAAGCAAAAUUUGGGGUAGAUAAAUGUGAACAAGAAGUAGAACGCAAAGAUCUAGAAAAAUUUGUGAAUUCUUUUCUGGAACAGCCAGAAGUAUCCGUCAUGGGAGCUGGAAGAGGACCUGCUGGUACUAUAAUUCACAAGCUUUUUGUGAACGCACAACGUGUUGCCACAAUUAUGCCCCUUGAUGAAGAACUAAAGAGGUCUGGCUCUUUGGAUGAGAAACGUUUCAACUCUGGAAUAACUACAGAUUUUCCAUUGCCUGCGGGGCGUGAGGUUAUUUUGCGCACGACUGUCCCACGGCCUGCCCCUUACUCAAAACCUCUGCCUCAGCGCAUGUAUAGUGUCUUUACAAAAGAGGACUUCCGACUUGCUGGUGCCUUCUCAUCUGAUACAACAUUCUUCUGAUAUCACCACCUAGUUCACUUACCUUGCAUCUCUGCUGGUGCAAUGGUAUUUCCAUGAACGUGUAUGCUGAGGUACAGCUGAAGAUAAUAAAUUUAGUGAUCAAGAAUAAUGUUCUUACAGCCUAGUCAUUCAAAAGCAAUGCUUAGUGCCAAACAACUGUCUCAUGAGAUGUAUAUAGAAUUUUAGAGUAAUUAUUUCUUUGGAAACCCAUAUCUACAUGUAUGCAUCAAAGGGCUUCUGUGGAAUGUUGGAAACAGGACUGCUGAUCUUCAGUUACAAAUCCAUUCCUGUUGAGUAAGCUGCUUACAAUGAUGAUGGAAAUAUCAGAACUGUACAUUAAGUGUAAAAGCAAAUUUGGUGAUAGUUGUUGAAUUCUACAGCCUUGUGUGAAAGUUUACUUUGCUUAUCUGCAACCUGACCAUCAGGUGUAAUGCCACCAUGGGUUGGUUCAAACUUUGUUUAAAACUACAUAUUCUAUGCAUAAUAAAAUGCAACUCAUUUGUGGGUCAAAAUGGCUGUGUAUCUUAAUAAAGAACAGGUGGACCAAAAUUUAAGCUAUCCUGCAUCAUAAGUAUGAUUAAAAAGUGGUAGAUUACUUACUGUAUAGUACAUAUACCACCAGCAUUCUUGUCAUUGGAUGAACUGUACUGAAACCCUGUAGCUCACUGGCUUUCAGUUCUAAAAUACUAUUAUGCUGUUUGUUUAUAAGUUGUUAGAAAAAGUAAAGGAUUAUUUCAAUGCA